CGCCGAUUGGCCGCGGGCGCUGCGGAGCUGAGCGUCGCCCGGCGAGGCCGGGGACGGGGUUACGGACGCGGCGGGGCCUGGUCCUGGUCAUGCUGGCGCGGAGAGCGCUGCACUGGGCAGCACGGCGGGGCGGGCAGCGGCCGCCGGUGCGCGGCCUCCGCGGCUCUCUGCGGGCGCGGUCUGCCAUGCCUUCGUGGGUCAUCGACCGGUACGGCCACAACGACGUGCUGCGCUUCACCCGGGACAUGGUGUUCCCCGUCAUACAUUACCCCAACGAGGUCAUUGUUAAAGUGCACGCCGCCAGCCUGAACCCCAUAGACCUUAGCAUGAGAAGUGGUUACGGUGCAACUGCAUUAAAUAUGAAGCGGGAUCCCCUGAAAAUCAAGAGCAUGGAUACAGAAUUUCCACUGACGCUUGGUCGAGAUGUCUCAGGUGUUAUCAUGGAAUGUGGAUUAAGUGUGUCUUAUUUCAAACCCGGAGAUGAGGUAUGGGCAGCAAUUCCUCCGUGGAAACAAGGCACUCUCUCAGAGUUUGUGGUAGCUAGUGCAAAUGAGGUAUCUUUUAAGCCAAAAUGUCUCAGUCACGUAGAAGCUGCCUCCUUACCGUAUGUAGGUCUCACAGCGUGGUCUGCAGUUAACAAAGUUGGAGGACUGAACCAAAGUAAUUGCGGCGGGAAAAGAGUGUUAAUAUUAGGAGCUUCAGGAGGAGUUGGCACAUUUGCUGUACAGCUAGUGAAGGCCUGGGGUGCUCAUGUGACAGCAGUUUGUUCCCAUGAUGCUAGCGCACUGAUGAAAAAGCUUGGAGCAGAUGAUGUGAUUGAUUACAAAUCUGGAAAUUUGGAACAGCAGCUUAAAACCUUACCCUCAUUUGAUUUCAUCCUAGAUAAUGUCGGUGGAUCCACUGAGAAGUGGGCACUAGAUCUCCUGAAGAAAUGGUCGGGAGCAACAUACGUUACCUUAGUGACGCCUUUCUUGAUCAAUGUGGACAAACUUGGAGUGGCAGAUGGCAUGCUGCAAACAGGAGUCACGAUAGGCUCCAAAACCGUAAAGCAUCUCUUUAAAGGAGUCCAUUAUCGGUGGGCCUUCUUUAUGCCGAGUGGCCCAAGUUUGGAUGAAAUAGCGGAACUAGUUGACUCAGGAAAGAUUCAGCCAGUUAUCGAACAAAUCUUCCCUUUUUCUGAAGUUCCAAAGGCCUUUCAAAAACUAGAAGGAGGACACGCACGUGGAAAAACAGUGAUUGACGUCGUUAAUAAAAAAUAAAGCAUCUCUAAUCGUUGUGCCUUCAGUCACGUGCUUAACUGGUAAAUGACACUUGAACCUGAAUUGGUAUGUAGCAAUUGUUUCUCUUUACAAAGCGCUAAAAGAAUGAAUCAUUUAAAAAGUG